AUGCCGUUGCAGGGGACGAAAAACAACCUAGGGGCUCCUGUGCCGGAGAAUCUUCACGAAAUCACGCAGGUGUGCUGGUUUCCUCCCCUGCAGCUUCUGUUUUACCAAGACCGAAAAGACCGCACGCUACUUCACUUCUGCGCUCCCGAGGACCUCUUCGCGCGAGGCAAGUUCGACGGAGGUAGUACAACAACCACUUCAGGGGCGUCGUUCGAAAAGCAGCAGGUGAAAGCGAAAGUAGACACGAAUAACAACCUCGGACGCGGUAGCUUCGCGGUGCGCACGGUGCAGCAAAUAACUGGAGGGGCCGGCGGCGCUGCGAGGAAAAAGACCGUGGUGGAGCGGAUUGCCACGGCAAGCGAGCGCCGAGGGAUUCACACCAAGAGGUACUUGAGUUGCGCGGCUGCAGCCGGGGGGUCUGCCUCCUCGGCCUCGCAGUCCGGGGAGGAGCAGCAGCAGACAAGUGCACGCGGCAUUGUGCUUGCGUACAAGCCCUUCGUGCUAGAGCGGCGUCCGUACAUCGCGGUGUCCAAUGCGGAUGGCAGUAUUGUUUUCUUCGACGGGAUUACACUCUCUGCCAUAAACAAGGCUGUAAUUCGCGUCGGCACGUACGUCGCACCAGCGGACGCCACGGAAUCAUCAUCCGCCGAUCGAACUAGGUGGAUUCACGAGCAGGAGCACUCUCCGACGCCCGGAAUGCUCCUCGAGUACUGCCCGAAAUCCCAAUUUUUGUUUGUCGUUUGCGCGACUUCUGGCACGAUAGAACACGGAACCACGGAAAUGAACUACGCCAGCGCAACCUCCCCGGGAAAAGGAAAAGUGACGAGCGGUGGCGCCGCGUUCGCGAGUAGCCCCCGGGGCGGUGGGCAUUCCCUCCAUGCGCGCAGCUGCGCGGCUUCUUCUGAGGACGAGAUCAAGGUUUACGAUGUGGCGAAAACGGUUCUGGACUACCAGCACCCUGACCAGCUUUACGCCGCCUCGGGUGCGUUGCUGGAAAGCGCGUUCACGAAGCCGGAAUACGUGAUCAGCCUCGGCGGGGGUGGGAAAAGGAACA